AUGACACAUUCUGCUGUGUCCCAUGGCACAGACGACACUGGGGCUGGCCCAUCCUCCACGGGCACCGAUCUCGGUCGUGGCCAUAUACCACCACCCUCCAAGUCCGAUGCCUCCGCUACCUAUGAUGUAUAUCCUACCGCGACGGACGGUAGCACCGACGAGGACUCGGAACCCGCAACAACAGCCGACCAUCCCACCGACAAACCGCAAAGCCUGCUCGCCUACCUGACCACCCGAGAAUUCUACAUCACCCUUUUCCUCGGUCAAAUCCUCGCCAUCACCAACACAGCCUGCAGCACCUUCAGCACCCUCCUCGCCGACCGCGGCGUCUCCCUCCCGGCCACGCAGACCUUCUUCAACUACCUCGUGCUGACCGUGAUCUUCACCACCUACACAAUCCACCGCCACGGCCUCCAGGGCUGGACCCGGAGUUUUCGGAGUCGUGGUUGGAAAU